UUGAUGAAUUGGAAAUAUUACUAGAAACCAUUAAACAUCGUUUUGAUAUCAUAAUUCUGACGGAAACUUUUCAUGUGGCGGAUAUAAAUAUGUUCAGGAUGAAAGGAUACAAUACUAUAUAUAACGAGGGAAUAUUCAACAGAAAUGAUGGUGUAAUGAUAUAUAUUGAGGAAAAUAUUACUUAUGAUUGUAGAAAAAUACUUAUUGAUGAAAUGUGUUGGUUAGAAGUGACAGUACAAGAAAAAAGUGGAAAAUCCCUGCUACUAACAGCCCUAUAUCGGUCGCCGAAAAUAUCUUUGAAACAAUUCAAUAUGGGUGAUGUGAAUAUAGACUUACUGAGUGAUGAAAAUUUUGUUGAAGAAUAUAAGAAUAUUAUGUCUUCAUGUGGUUAUGUUUCGAUGAUAAAUCGACCAACCCGCCCAGAGAGCAGAACUUGUCUCGAUCACUUCUUCGUGAAGGGUUUCAACUUGCAAAGCGAAAGUGCUGAUGCAUGUGUUUUACAAUACCUCGUCACAGAUCACUAUCCUGUCAUAUUAACUUUAGAUUUUGAAGUUACGUAUAGGAAUGUUAUUCCUGAGAAAUAUAGGAAAUAUGUCAAUUACAAUAAACUCAAAGAUCGAUUAAGAAAUGAAACAUGGAUGAAGGUUUAUGAGGCGGUCGAAGUGAACGAGAUUGCCGGCAACUUUGUUUCUAUUUUGACUGAGCAUAUUGAGCAGAGCACCAAUAUUGUGAAAAUAAGAAAAAAAGAUAGAAUAAGAAAGGAAUGGAUCUCACCUGCUAUAUGUGAAUUAAUAAACAAAAAAAAUGAAUUAUACCGCAGGCUGAAGUUGGAUCAUAAUAACUUAGACCUGAAAAAUGAAUAUACUAGAGCCAAAAAUCACAUUAAAAAAAAGAUAAAAGAAACAUAAAAUAUUUACUUUCAAAAUUGCAUCCAAAAGGCAGGUUUAGAAUCAAAAGCAUUAUGGGACUACGUGAAAGACAUCUGUCACGGAAGGAAAUCGGAAACUAAAAUAGAUAAAUUGAUAACUGAAAAUAUGGAAAACAUCCAAGGUGACUUUGAAAUAGCUGAAGCAUUCAAUAAGUAUUACAGUGAAUUAGGAGAAAAAUAUGCUGAUAAAAUAAAAACUCCCA